AUGAAAAUACCACUUCCCACCACCGUCGACAAGGUGGUUGCAGGUGAUGCUGGUACUUCGGUAGACAAUCCCAUUGAUGCUCUCAUCAUUGGUGCUGGUCCUUCGGGCAUGGUGUCUCUCCGGAACCUGCUCAGAGAUGAUCCGCCGUUAUCGGUCCUCGCUGUAGAGCGUCAGGCAGUUCCAGGUGGUAUCUGGACCGGUCAUAUUCCGGAAUAUUCAACUCUUCAGGAUUUGGUCGUGGAAUAUGAAUGUCAUGGGGUCAAGUUUCCUCGACGAGAGCCCCAGAGGCGAGCAUCGAGAGACCAAGUUGCGGAGUUCUGUGAAGCAUACUUUGAAGAAUUCCACCUCAAGCAACAUGUGCUAUGGCAGCACGAUAUAACUCACGUCGAAAUGAUCAAGCCGAUGCUGCACAAGGUUGACCUUCGUCCCAUGGUGGAGGGGUUGGAGAAAUCCGUCUCUCGGACCAUUUACACGCGCAGUGUUCUUGUCUGCACUGGACACAAUAUGUUUCCUUAUAUGCCCAAAUUCCCGGGCCAGGAAACAGCCACGUUCCCUAUCAUACACAACAACAACAUUCGUGAGGCCAAGGAGAUUCCUACCUCGGAUGUAUUGAUUGUUGGCGCAGGUCCCUCGGCUAUGGAUAUUAUCCAGCAAGCCUGUCUCACCCAGAAUGCAACAAAUGUGCACGUAGUUGCACGUUCUCCCCACUGGGGUGCUCCUGACAUGUGGUGGCCAUCACUAUGGAGGUUCGGAUGGACUGACCUGCAUUUGUGCCGAGUCUUAUAUCGAAUUCUACCAAUCUUUGUCGUGGACUCCAUCCUAUACUUCAUCCACUUUAUUUGGGCUCUGAUCCAAGGAGUACCGGAAUGGCGACCUCCAUUCCAUGAGGGCGCAUCCGCCAAAGUCGGCUACAUUCUUCGUUCACACCUCGUUCCUGCAUACAAAAACGGCCAGUUCAAAAUCCACAACGGCUGCAGCAUCAAACUCAUCGAUGGCGACAGUGUGACCCUCACCAACGGCACAGUCCUAAAACCGAAAAUGUUCGUUGCAGCAACUGGAUGGUCAACUGAUUCAUCCUAUUUGCCAGAAGGUUGCGAAGCAGGCGAAUACGACUCUUUGGCUGCAGCAGACGCAGAGCGUCCCCUCUACCUCCGCUUCUACGACCAGGACUACCCCGGGAUCUUCUACAUCUCCGUCGCAGCCGGUUUUAUCACAUACACUGAGAAUGCAUCGUUCCUCAGCCAGGCCGUGAAUCAGAUCCUGCGGGGCACCUGGACUCCCCGUCUGCGGAAGAGAUCAAGAAAAGUAACAAGGAGGUUUCAUUACAUCAUAUUGCCCUUCCUGGACUUAUUGAGAAUGAUCUUGAAGCCGCAGGAUUCCAGGAUCUGA